AUGGCGUGUAAAUCGCCAAUUUACAACGGGGAGGUCGACCCGAUAAUAUGUCAAAGAUGGAUAAGCGACGUCGAAGGAGUGUUUGAAAGGACCCAUUGUGACGUAAGUGACUUUGUUGCUUACGGAAUGGGUCAGUUGAGGGGUCAAGCCAAAGAUUGGUGGGACAAUAAAAAGAAGGAAAUAGGAGCCGAAGUGGCAAGGGUCAUGACUUGGGAUGAGUUUAAGGUGUUGUUCCUUAAACACCAUAGUCCCAAGGCGGUUAUCAACAUGAUCAAGGAAGAGUUCAUCCAGUUAAGACAAAGGGGUGAAACAAUCGAUAAGAUCACGGGCAUCUUUAUGGAUAAGCUGAGAUUCUGUGACGAGUUAGUCACCACUGAAGAGCAGAAGAUAUGUUAUUAUUACAACAUGUUGAGCGCUGAAUACCGGGAGUUCAUGACUCCCUCAAAGUAUGAAACCCUCACGGAAAUUAUCAACACCGCCCGGGAGCGGGAGAUCAAGUUGAAGAAACAAAUCGAGAGGGGCGAGCGAAGGGCACAAGAUGUAAAUCCAAGCCCUACAAAGAAGGCUCGAACGGCUGAAUCGGCGAAGAAAACGGAUGUAAAGGGUGAGUCGCCAAGCUGCAAGGUUUGUGGAAAGGGGCACAAAGGCGAGUGUCGUUUCUAA